UACCAUCAAGAAGUGGAACAGAGAGCAUCAUACGGGUAUCUGCGUGUUUGUCAUUUGGGACCCCAUCCCAACCCACUGAUCUGAAAAUGAUGAGGUUACUAUGGUGGGUCCUGCUUGCGGGACUCGUGAUGGCAGCAGCGGGGCAAGCCGAGCAAGGGCGUAGCUCCAGCAAAUCCACAGUGAUACACCUGGUGUCAAGCCCCUUCCGACAGGUGCAGAGUCAUCGGGCACAUCAGGAGCGCCUUGAGGUCCUGGCCGAGCUGGCGUCCAUGGCGGUGGCUGCAUCUGAAACCGAUUCCAGAGACCCGUCUGUGAAGCCCUCAGAAGAGGCCUCUCAGGGAGUCCUCGAUGCCGUGGAAGCUGUGAUAGCCUCCAUAAAGCCACAAUCCGAGGCAGAGACACCAGCUGGUACUGAUUCUAGUAGCCAGGGCGGUACUAGUGCAGGCGCUGAAGGUGAUGCCGAUGGUGACAGCGAGGGUGAUGCAGCUGAGACAGGCAAUGAAACCACGAGGAACGACCAGGCCAGCGGGACUGCGGAAGUUAGUGAGGCCGAAGACCCCCCCAGCAGCAACACCUCCACCACUACUACUAAUUCACCAAUCGAAGCGGCAGUCGCUGACGAAGGUGAUCAGGAGACCUCUGAAGAACCAGACACGAAGGAACCCGAGGAGAAGAAACCCCUGACCAAGGAGGAGCAAAAGGCUGUGGAGAAAUACAACGGCGUCACCGACAAGCUCGUUCACGUAGUGUCGGAGUCCCUGAAGAAGAAGGUGGACUCCCUGCCCGUCACCCUGGACGAAGCGGCCCUGAUAACUCUGGAGGAGGUCGACGUUGAAGCUGAAGCUGAACCUGAACCUGAAGUUCCCAUUCCUCAACCUAAUGACAAAGGAGAUAAGAGGAGGAGGAAGAACAACAACAACAGAAACAGGAAUGCGAAUAAAAAAACUAUGCAAGGAUCUGAAGACGAUGACGAAGUUGUAGAACACAACAAUAAGAGAAAAAUCAACAGUGGGGAGGUAGAGAAAACUGAGAAACGAAAGAGAAAACAGAAGAACAAGAGGAAAAACAAGAACAAUAACGCACAAAAAACAGAAGAAGGAGAAGAAGAAGGAGAAGUAGCUGAUGAAUCGAACGAUAACAACAAGAGGAACAGGAAAAAAAAUAAGAAGGGCAAGAAGCAGCAGAGGAAACACAACAAGAACAAGAGAAAGAAGAACAAGAAGAACAAGACAGAUGAGGAGGAGAUUACGAGAGAAGCCAAGGCUCUGGAGGAGGACCAGGAGACUCGGGAAGAGAGUGAUGCUGAGGUCACCGCGGCGGAAGGUCGCAGGAAGAACCAACCCAAGAGAAAUAAUAAAGAGGGUAAAAGAGGGAAGAACGGGAACAGGAAGAACAAGAAUAAGGAUAAGAACAACAGCAAGAAAGAUAAAAGGAACAGAAACAAAAAGAACAGGAAGAAUAAGAAUGAUAACCCAAAGAGUCGCUCGGAAACGAUAGAAGUAGAAGGAAGAGAAGAGUCAGGGCCAAUGUUGCCUACCCAGGAGGAAGUACAGGCCAGUAACGCCCGCGUCACAGGUUUCACCAAGCUGUCAAGAAACGGAGACGUCUCGGUAGACCUAUCUGGCAAAAACCCAAAGUUCGAGGCAAGCGUCAUCGUGGGACCUCUGACCGUACAGUUGGCGAACAACAGUCGAGCCCUCACCAGGUCCGAAGUCUCAGCGAAUCUGGAAGCCAAGAUCAGCUUCAGAGUCAGGGAGACUCGUGGCCGUGAGAAGCUGAAGCUGAUCAGCCUAGACAUGACCAAGAUGACCCCGAGUGAGGUCAACGUGCUCCACUCUGGCCUGGAGUUGGAGCCUCAGCUGGUUACUUUAGUCCGGGAGCAGAUGGUGCUGGCUGUGGAUGAGGAACGCAUAGGCCGCAUCGUAAGUAACGAAGUGGAAACCGUGCUGCUCAAAGACAAUGUCAUCCAGAACCUGGAAGAUCAUCCUUCCCUCAAGCAGUAACCUUCUACUCUUUAUGACAUACAUACAGACCUCAUGAGUCUUAUUUUUCACUUUAUCAGAUAUGUUACUUAACUCUCAAGUUAUGUAAACUGCACCUACAUACGUGCCCACAUGUGUCCCCCACUGAACCAGUUUAAUGAAGCUAAUCCUUCAUGUGUAUAUUCUACCAGCACCCCAUAUCCCGUCCAAUGACUGAUGAGAGACCCAGAUAUGCAGUGUUAACCUUACGAAUUUUUUCUCGUUGCUCAACUAAUGCAUCUAUCUGUAGCACCUCUACAGUGUAAGGCUUCGCCGGCGGUGACCGGUGAGCAGACAGGAGAGGGGUGCCUCCACCACUAACGAAGUCAUUAUAUUAUACUCCCGCUGUUGUGUUUCAUCCUUCUUGACGUCCGAAAGAACAAGACCUCUCAUACUGCACAACCACGAUAGUAUCAACGUUGAAAUAUUCCCCGAUGACGAUAGUCACGCUGAAGCUGACGAUGUUCGAGCUACUGGUCCUGAAGCUGAAUAGGUCAAGUUUCGAAGCUGAGGUAGUGGAUGAUACAGCGGGCAACACUGAGGGCGACGCUGCCCCCCUGUGUAACACUGUCUUAUCUGGCGAUGGAAAUACUUUGGCUGCCGGUCACUAUUCAGUCAGGCUAGACUCUUUACUAUCUAUUUCCGGGUCAGAUUUCUACUAUUGACAAUGUCGACUCGGGCAACCAUUAAAUGUACUGUACAGUCAAUUCUUCUUGGAAGAUCCUUAAUACCGCUUUUCUAUGGCGGAAAAAAAUAUACAUGUAAUAAGGACACAAGCUUAAAACAUAAGUGCAUCACAUUCUCAUUAUAAUAACAUUUUCACAUAGGUCAUCCCUAUUGCCACAUUCUUACUUUGUGUAAAUAGUGUGACAAAAACCAUUAUCAUGUGUAUUUUAUUUAAUAUUUAUUUAUAAGUAUUGUGUGAAAGCUUUUACACGUACGGGCAAUUAAACGCAUAAUAAAUACUUAAUAAAACUGCA